AUGAAAACCAAAGCUACAACAGAAGAACCUAAUUCAUUCGAUCACAACAAGCAAGCUGCUGAUUCAAGAACCAACUCUUCUGCGACUGGAAAUGGCAGCACUUCGAAACCAUCACGUAACAAGAGAAAUACUGAUCAGCCGAUCUCCAAGUCCUCCGGCACAGGCAACGUCGCCGACGCGGCCGCCAAAGCGCCAUGUUCAUCAAGCCCGAAACAACACCAAGCAAAUAACGCUUCCAGCAGGUUACCUAUGAUUUCCGAGAGCGCCUCUACCUCCACCUCCGCAAAUUCGGCGACGACGACCUCCACGACGACUACAAUGGCCGCGGGCGCCGCCAAGAGCAGCGACGCGAAGCUGAGCGACUCCGUCAGCCAUGGCAGCAACAGUAGCAACCGAAGCGACAGCAUUGACAGCGUCGCUUCCACCCACAUAAGGCGCCACACCGGGGGCGACUGCCGGUGGGAGGCCAUUCAGUCGGCCAACGCCAAGGAGUCCCCUAUCGGUAUCGGCCAUUUCAGACUGCUGAAACGCCUGGGCUACGGCGACAUCGGCAGCGUGUAUCUCGUCGAGCUCAGAGGAACCGGUGCCUACUUCGCCAUGAAAGUGAUGGACAAGGCGUCGAUCAUUAGCAGGAACAAGCUCCUCCGAGCUCAAACCGAGAGGGAAAUCCUUAGCAUGCUCGAUCACCCCUUCUUGCCGACUCUGUAUUCUCACUUCGAGACGGAAAAGUUCUAUUGCUUGGUGAUGGAGUACUGCAGCGGCGGCAAUCUCCAUUCUCUCCGGCAGAAGCAACCUAACAAGCAUUUCACGGAACAAGCUGCGAGAUUCUAUGCAUCGGAGGUGCUGCUGGCGCUGGAGUACUUGCAUAUGUUGGGGGUUGUGUACAGAGACUUGAAGCCGGAGAACGUGCUGGUGAGAGAGGAAGGCCACAUCAUGCUCUCCGAUUUCGACCUCUCCCUGCGCUGCUCCGUCGAUCCCACGCUCGUCAAAUCAUCGUCGCGCUCGAGCAGCAGCGAGGCUGGCAACGCCUCGAUGAUCGAAGGCGACCAGACUGUGCAGAGCUGCAUUCAGCCGUCGUCCUUCUUCCCUCGCAUCCUCCCCAAGAAGAAUCGCAAGUCCAAGUCCGAUUUCGGAGUCGGCAGCAGCAAUAACAACAACAACGGGAACGCGGACUUGGAGUUCAUGGCGGAGCCGACGAACGCGCGGUCGAUGUCGUUCGUGGGGACGCACGAGUACCUGGCUCCGGAGAUCAUCCGCGGCGAGGGGCAUGGCAGCGCCGUGGACUGGUGGACCUUCGGCAUCUUCCUGUAUGAGCUGCUGCAUGGGACGACGCCGUUCAAGGGCUCCGGUAACAGGGCCACGCUUAACAACGUGGUCGGGCAGCCGCUGAGGUUCCCGGAGACGCCGCUGGCGAGCUUGGUUGCUCGGGAUCUGAUACAGGGGCUGCUGGUGAAGGAUCCGAAGAGGAGGAUCGCGUACCUCAGAGGGGCGACGGAGAUCAAGCAGCAUCCCUUCUUCGAGGGGAUCAAUUGGGCUCUGGUGCGGAGCAUUACGCCUCCACACGUUCCUGACCCAGUCAACUUUAGUCAGUUUGCGAGCAAAGAGAAGAAGAGCGCCGAUGGUGGACUUUCAGGUGGGAACAAAGGCAAUCCCAACGACUCGUCGUAUCAUGAUUUUGAGUAUUUUUAG